AUGUGGAAAUCUCUUGAACAGAAACAGGCAGCUAAUAAAACACCUUCUAAGAGAUGCGUCUCCCCUUGUAAAAUAUUCCACACAUGGUGUAAAAAUGAAGGAAAAUGUAGAGAAAAAGGAAAGGAUUGCACGUGGUACUGCGAGUGCCCAAGUAACUGUGAAGGUUUUUUCUGUGAGAAAAAAGUCGACAAAGAUAAUAUUAUUGAUGCCGGACAAAUUGUAGAAGUCAAAGAUACAUAUGAGAAAGAAAAAAAGAAACCAGUGUCUGCUUUUGACAAGUCGAAACUGGCACAGGCUUUAGCUGGUAUCUUCUUAAAAGAAAAACAAACGGAUGAAGAGAAGAAAACAGUUUUACCAGACACGAUCGAAAGAGUUGGCGAUACAAUUAAGCCAAAAGUUAUAUUGAACUGUCCACCUGGUGAGCUAAACAAAAAAGCACCGGCUGCCAAUAGUUCAGAACAGAGCACACAACCAACAAUUACAAAUGUCCAAAACAAUUAUACAAAUGCAAUAACUAAAUCAUCUAUGAAUAUUUCUGAAAGAACAAACGGGAUAAUUACGUCUACAUAUCCAAUUACAGACCAAACGAGCACACGGUCAACCGAAAAACCCAUCGUUUCAUCUUCAUACUCAGAAACAACAACAAUAACAACAACAACAACAGCAGUACACACCAACGAGUUGGAUUUGAAUACUAAUGAUAAUCCCACUCCUACAAAACAGAAAAACAGAGUUAUGGAGACGACAACAUUGGCAUCUCAGAAAGAUUCUACAAGUAUCAUACCGGUUCAAAGUGUAAACACAACCGUUUCUAGAAUUUCACCUGGGGCUAACAUGAACUUAUCAGAGCCAGAGGUAAAAAGUACAGAAAAAUCAACAAUACCUUCGGAUAAAAUAUCAUCUUCGUCAAGCCCUUUGUCAACGGGUGGUAAUGUACCAUCAACUAUUUUAAUGUCACAAACUGAGACAAAAACAAGUACACAACAUCAAACUGUUCAAUCAAACGUAACGUCAGCAUCACCAAAAUUAUUUUCAACUACAAAGUCAGCAAUAACAUAUCCAAAGAUACAAUCGGAGACAAAUACACUUGUUACAAAACCAACGGUUCAUAUCAAACAGGAAUCAACAUUAAAAGUGCCAUCGAAACUUUCAUUCAUUAAACAAACAACAACAAGUUUGCCUGAACAACAAUAUAAUAAAGAGCCGAAUACCCCAGUUGAAAACAGUCUUUACACUCAGAAAACAAAUAUUAUCAAUGUAGCAGAUAAACCAAAUUUAUUGCAACUUAUAGAGAAAGCAAUAGAAGUAGAAUCCGUUUCAACCACAGAACAAACUAGAACUGAAAGCACCACACAUCAUAAAAGCAUAGUAUCAACAACCGUGCCGACCACAAUAUCUCAAAACCCUGGAAAUAGCAAUUUUAUUGGAAAAACAGAUCAAGAUCAAUUGUCAAAUAGUACAACUACAGCAAAACCUAAUGAUCAAAACAAUAUCAUUACAAAUGAAAGAGAAAACUCAAUUAAAAGUACCAAUUUAAUGACAAUUGAAUCAUCUACUUUAGCCAAACCAUCAACUUCAUACCUUUCAACGAAGGAAAUAUAUAAAUCGUCGCAUAUUUAUGACCAGAAAACUACAGCUGGAUCAUUCAUAACAACAAUACCUUCAGAUAAAAUCAAUUUAGAUAUUGAUGGGCCAAAUUUAAAAGGAAAUAAAGCAUCUAACACUCAAGAUGAAAUUACUCAACCUGCGAAAUUAACAACACCAUCAGUUGAACAUUUGAAUAAUGACCGGACAACAGAAAGUUUUUCUGGGGCAAGUGUAACAACUGGUUUAGAGACAACAUCAACAACAAAUACAAAAAGUGAUGCAAUAUUAACUGAAAUAAGAAAAACAACAGAAUUCAAUAAACAAUCACCAGAUAAGAUAAGCCCAUCUGGAUCAAAUAACAACAAUGAAAUAAAUAAAAAACAAAUAUCUACAGAAUCUGCGGCGGGCAAAUAUAAAUCAACUGGUGACAUUAUAUCAACAAGUAAUAUAAACGUAUCGUCUCAAACUAAUGUACCGCUACUAAAUAUGUCACAGGCGAUUACUGUGAGUCACGACUUACCAAAAACUACUAAGCUUGAGAUGUCUACAGUUCAGACAGUUAUGUCGAAUGAAAUCACGCAACAGCAACGACUUUCAGAGACAUCUGUAGAAAAUGUCAAACAAAGUAUCGCUAGUCCACCUACAACAAAACAAAGUGUAAAUGCCAUUUUGCUGGAAUCAAAAGAAGGAAUUUUAACAACAUCCACAACCUUACCUGAAACUAACAUUGAGAAAUACAAAUUGUUUAAAGAUACAACAACUAUCGAUAGUCCUAAAACAUCUGCCAUAAAAGGUAUCUCGUUAACAGCUAAAAACAAAACACUUUUGAAUAAUUCUGAUCAAGGAAUUGAAGAUACAAAUGCUAACGAAAAACUUGAAAUUUCGAAAUCAACACAAAAAGAAGCGUUGUCAACAUCAACGCCUUUAUCCACUGAAACAACAACUCAAUUAGGCAACAAUGAAAUUGCAACAACAACGACUGCAUUUAACUCUAAAAAAUUUACAGCGAGCACUAUGGUUCAUAUUUUUACUGAAAUUUCAACGAAACCUAGUGUCCAUACAUUACAAGAUAUAACAACAAGAAGCAUUGUCAAUAUCUCAGAUAACAGUAAAAGAACUUUAAAUCAAAACGUAACUAACAAAACGGAAACACCAGUUACUGGAACCACGGCAAGUAUCCUUAUAGCAGAAAAUCCUAGGAGCUCCAAAAGCGUUUCUCUGAAGGAACAGUCAGUCAGUACGUCUAUUGGAACUGUAACACAGACCGGGGCAACAAAACCAUAUUUAGAAACCAUCAAAACGACAACGGAAAGUGUUGUGUAUUCUGCUGAUAUUGGAGGAUCAAAAUUAUCUUUUGCUAAAGAUAUCCUGGAAAAUAAGUCGGAUAUAUUGAACAAAUCGAAGGUCAAAUCUGGUUUAUUAAAUGAUAAAUUAAGUGAGACAGUGAAAGAUCUUCUUAAAAUGGGAUUGCGUGAUAAAGGACUUCCUAGUGACAUCGACAACAUUUUAUGA